AAUUAAAGUACAUUUGUAUUAUAUAAAUCAUUGUAUGGUUAACAUAAUUAGAUGACUUGAAAACAGCAAUUAGGAAAUACAUAAGGUCCGAAGAAUAAUGCGGAUAUCACCGUACACAAUCAUCUUGGCGGUUACGCUUACCUCGUGUAUUGAGUUCACAUCCGGGUCAUGCAGUGAAGGUCAGUCAUGCACGACGUCAGACGGGAACGCUGGUACGUGUUUGAGUGGACGCUGCCUGGUUAUGUUAAAUAUUGACGUCAGGGACAAUCUGACGUUUACAAUCACAGUAAAGUAUCCGGAAGCAAGUCUACAAAAACCUGGCGACGGUAGUCUAUUUAUUAGAGGUAAUGGCCUCGGUUUGAAUUGGAUUAAGGGGAAGCAACUACAGAAGACUUCGCAGGACACGUGGCAAAUACAGAUCGAUUAUCGUUCCUCUAUAGACGGUUUUCAAUGCAUGGAAUGCCAAGAUAAGGCGUUCCUUGAUAACGGAAAAUUACAGUAUCGUGUUCUAGUAGACGACUUUGAUGACAUGUUGGGGGCAAACUUUGCAGUAUCUUUGCCAUUGGCAAAAUCAUCCAGUUACUUUAAUUCCAAACCGGAAAUCGUUGUGUACCCUUGGUUCUAUUCAACAUCUAGUAGUUCUGACCAUAUUAUUGUAGAAUCACCGCAAAUUGGCGGCAAUAGAAGCGUUUCUAUAAUAUUCCCGCCAAGUUUUAAGGAAAACACAUACAAAACAUAUGCUGUAUUGUUCGUACCUGACCUGAUUUCCGGUUAUUCCGAAAUUAAACCCUAUGUAUUUGAAGGACUGAUGCUUGAACACAGUGUCACUGAAGAAUUUGUAGUAAUUGGAUUCUCAGAUUACAACUCUCGCCGCACCACACUGCUUACAACUCCCGUUGGUUCGGAAAUGUAUUGUGCAAGUGGAACGUAUUCUAAUCGAUGCAAUAACUGUUAUCCUAACACAACAAUCGAGUACACCCCCGCCUGGUUCCAAGUCCUCAAAGAUAAAUGUGGGUACCGGUACUACACUGGCGGGAAAUUAGACGACACGAUAGAUUUCCUGUUAGACACAGUGUAUCCACGAGUGCAAAACUUGUCGAUUAGUAGACUAUCGACACAACGUGAUAACAUUGGGUUCAUGGGAUACUCUCACGGAGGUUUGGCUGCCUGUCACGCGGCAUGGACGCGGCCUAAAAGGGUUGGCUUUGCGGCGUGUAUGUCUUCUUCGUUCUGGUGGCCGUUUAACAAUGUCACGUGGACAACAUGCGAUUUUAAUUUCAUUAAUAGAACAGUAAAGGUAACGUAAUGACGUCCUUGAUCU